AUGAAGUCUUCUAUUAUUUUGCUGUCAUUAGCUGCAGCGACUACCUUGGCUGCUCCAGCCCCAAGCAGAAGCCAUGUUGUUCAUGAACGCCGAACUGCGUUGCCCGCAUCCUGGGUAGAGCCUCGCCGUGUCGAUGGCCAAGCUAAGUUGCCUGUGAGAAUUGGAUUGACUCAAUCCAACUCGGAUGUAGGCCAUGAUCUUCUCAUGGACGUCUCUAACCCUAACUCGCCCAACUAUCGCAAAUAUUUGACCGUCCACGAAGUCAAUGAUCUCUUUGCUCCUUCCGAAGGAGCUGUCUCGGCCGUUCGAUCCUGGCUAGAGAAUGCCGGAAUCAUCGCUGAACGUGUUAGCCUAUCUGCCAACAAACAGUGGCUUCAAUUCGAUGGAGAUGCCGAAGAGGUCGAACGUUUGUUGGGAACCGAAUACUACAUAUAUACACACGAGGACAACGGUAGAACACAUUUAGGAUGCGAAGAAUAUCACGUCCCCAAACAUCUUAGCGAGCACAUCGAUUACAUCACUCCUGGUGUCAAAACAAUGGAAGUUCGCGAGGCCCGUCCAGCGGGACUCGAGAAACGCACCUUUGGGCUCAAGAAUCCGCAACCACCUCUGCUGAAGGACCUCCCGGAAACCAUUGAGCAAAUUCUUGAGAGCCUUCUGACCAGUGUCAUUUGCGACGUGGUUAUCACUCCAGACUGCAUUAGGACCAUGUAUAACAUUACCGAGGGCACGACAGCUACUAAGGGCAAUGAACUGGGAAUCUUCGAGGAUCUUGGUGACUACUAUGCUCAGGAAGAUUUGGACCUCUUCUUUGCCACAAUUUAUCCAAAAAUCCCUAUUGGAACAUCACCAACUCUCAAGGGCGUAGAUGGCGGCUCAGCCCCCGCCCCAGUUACGAGCGCCGGUGCAGAAUCCGACCUCGACUUCCAAAUCUCCUACCCCAUCGUCUGGCCACAAAAUACCAUCCUCUUCCAAACCGACGACGCCAAUUAUGAGUCGAACUACACCUACGCAGGCUUUCUGAACAACUUCCUCGAUGCAAUCGAUGGCUCUUACUGCACUUUCACCGACUAUGGUAUCACCGGCAACUCCGUAGACGACCCACCAUACCCCGACCCAGCAGCAAAUGGAUACAAAGGUAGUCUUCAAUGCGGUGUCUACGAACCCACCAAUGUUAUCUCCAUCUCCUACGGUGGCGACGAGAUUAGCCUGUCAGCCAAUUAUCAGAAACGCCAGUGCGACGAGUUCAAAAAGCUAGGUUUGCAAGGUGUUUCCGUCGUCGUUGCUUCCGGAGAUGCUGGCGUUGCAGGCGCCGAUGGAUGUCUAGGUAAUAACGGAACUGUCUUUAACCCCGACUUCCCUGCUGGAUGCCCCUACAUCACCACCGUGGGCGCCACAUACCUUCCGCCAGGCGCAAACGCGAAUGCAGACGCAGAAGUAGCCGUUUCUCGAUUCGCGUCUGGUGGUGGAUUCAGUAACAUCUMCCCGCAGCCAUCCUACCAAGCCGAUGCAGUCAAUACAUACCUCACACAGCACACACCAUCCUACAAAUCAUACAACACCACCGAUAACGCCGCCAUCGGCGCCAAUGGCGGUAUCUACAACGCCGCCGGCAGAGGAUACCCAGACGUAGCUGCAAUUGGCGACAAUGUACUCAUCUACAACCGCGGAGCACCGACCUUGAUAGGAGGCACUUCAGCGGCUGCACCAGUGUUUGCGGCCAUUUUGACACGCAUCAAUGAGGAGUUGCUGGCUAAGAAGGGUACUACCGUUGGAUUCGUGAACCCUACCCUCUACGCUCACCCGGAAGUUUUCCAUGAUAUUACCAGUGGAAGUAACCCGGGUUGUGGCACCAACGGGUUCGAGACGGCGCCAGGUUGGGAUCCUGUCACUGGACUGGGAACUCCAAAUUACCCUGCUUUGUUGGCUCUUUUCUUGGGCGAGUAG